GUUGUCUCUCCCGCAUUGACUUGGUGAUGGAAGGAUCGUCCAGCUGAUGUCAAUUUUGCUGAUGCUGCACAGAAAACAACCAUUUCCGCACAUUUAAGUGUUUUAAACAAAUACAACGCCCCUUUUAUCUAGAUUUAAGAGCUAAUUCAAGAUGUGAUGUGACUUUUUGUACACUAGAGGGCGUUGUGAUUCUGGAGCUCGAAUGAAAGUGCAGUUUCCUCUUCCUGCGCCAACAAGGAUGCACUUUUUGCCAAGAAGCAGCCGACCGAGCGAGGCUGCAUGGCAACGGUGGGCGGGGCCUUGCUCAGAUAGUGGGCGGAGCCACGGGCCCCACACGUGCCCUGCCUGCUCACGCAGCAACCAUCUUCCGCAUACCGCAGACCAGUGCGCACGCACGCCGAGCCACGCACGCACACGCACGCUCCGGAGCGAUGCAUCCGCGGUGCGCGCCCUCUUCCUCACCGAUCCUCCUCAUCCUCGGUAUUGAUCAGGCGAAGCUCCGCGAUGCUUCCAUGUCUACCUCGCACAGAUGUCCGUGAUGGCCGCAGAGGAGAAGAGCUGACGAUGAGAGCAGGCGGGAAUGUGUGACGACCAUGCUGGCGGUGCGGUGCUUCUUGCUCUUUGCUGCAGUGGGCGAGCGGCUGGCGGUGUCAGGUGUGACCUGGAGCCCAGGCCAGGAUGGGGGAGGCACUUGGGUCGGCUCCUCCUGGUCCGGACAAGCCGAGGGCAGCGACACAGCGGCCCAGGUGACCUAUCCCAAACGUCUGGUCCGAAGGAUUGAGUCUGAGAAGGAACUGGCUCAUGCGCACCUGGAUACCAGGGUGAAGAACAACAAGCAACACGCCUUGCCCGUCCACUUGGCGCACAGCUGUUUCCAGAUGGAAGCCUUCGGACAGACCUUCACGCUGGACCUGGAGCUAAACCAUCACCUCCUGUCUUCAGAUUACGUGGAGCGCCAAUUCACGCAGGACGGACGACCUUCACAGUCCUGGGGAGGGGAGCACUGCUACUACCAGGGAAGCUUAAGAGGUGUAACGAACUCCUGGGCCGCCCUCUCCACCUGUCAUGGACUGUGCGGGGUGUUCUCAGAUGGCCUCUUCUCUUACGGGAUUGAGCCAGUUCACAAUGACAGCAAUCAGGAAAAUGGCGCCCACCUGAUCCACAAGAUGCCUGAUUUUAGGCUCUCUCCCCACUGUGCAGGCUGCACAGCGGACAGCGAGUUAGACCGCAGAGGAGGUGAUGAAGACAGACUGGACCAAAGUGGGGGGCAGCAGCGGGUGUCAAGGCGGCUGAGACGAUCCAAGCGCUUCGCUCGCCGGCCCUCUGUGCAGACCGAGACCAAAUAUAUCGAGUUGAUGGUGGUCAACGACAACGACAUGAUUGUACAGCUGCGACGCUCCGGCAGCCAAACUAAAAACUUUGCCAAAGCGGUAGUCAACAUGGCUGAUGCGAUCUACAAGGAGCAGCUGAACACGAGGAUCGUGCUGGUCGCCAUGGAGACGUGGACCUCUAAGAACAUGGUGCCGGUGGUGGAGGAGCCUCUGACCACGCUGCAGAACUUCAUGAAGUACAGGAGGGACAACAUCAGGGAGCAGAGCGACGUUGUCCAACUUUUCUCAGGGCGCACGUUUCAGAGCGGCCGCAGCGGGACGGCCUACACGGGUGGAGUGUGCUCGCUGACAAGGGGAGGGGGCAUAAACGAGUUUGGUAAUGUUGGCGCCAUGGCCAUCACUUUGUGCCAGAGUCUGGGACAGAAUAUCGGCAUGAGGUGGAACAAUGCACGUAACUCUGCAGGAGACUGCAGGUGUCCUGACACCUGGCUGGGCUGCAUCAUGGAGGAUACGGGAUACUAUCUGCCCAGAAAGUUCUCUCGCUGCAGCGUUGACGAGUACAUCCAGUUCUUGCUCCGAGGGGGCGGCAGCUGCCUCUUUAACAAGCCCAACAAGCUGCUGGACCCUCCAGAAUGUGGAAAUGGCUUUGUGGAGCCAGGGGAAGAGUGUGAUUGUGGAUCCCAGGUGGAGUGCGCCCGCAGCGGAGGAAACUGCUGUAAAAAAUGCACACUCACCCACGACGCCAUGUGCAGUAAUGGACUGUGCUGCAGUGGCUGCAGGUACGAGCAGAGAGGUGUGGUGUGUCGAGAGGCUGUCAACGACUGUGACAUCCCAGAGACAUGCACAGGAGACUCCAGCCAGUGUCCUCAUAACGUCCACAAGCUGGAUGGUUACACGUGUGAAAGCAAUCAGGGUCGCUGCUACGGUGGCCGAUGUCGGACUCGGGAUGGACAGUGCAGGGGACUCUGGGGUUUUAACUCAGCAGACAGGUUUUGUUACGACAAGCUAAACGCAGAGGGGACGGACAAAGGGAACUGUGGUCGGGGUCCCAGGGGCCAAGGCUGGCUGCAGUGCAACAAGCCGGAUGUUUUGUGCGGCUUCCUGUUCUGCGCCAACAUUACCACAAAGCCAAAAUUUGGGGACCUUCAGGGCGAGGUGACAAGCUUCACCCUCUACCACCAGAACAAGUACCUGGACUGCCGAGGUGGCCAUGCUCUGCUGGAGGACGGCUCGGACCUUGGCUACGUGGAGGACGGCACCCCCUGCGGGCCCAACAUGAUGUGCUUGGAGCGGCGGUGCCUCCCCGUGGCGGCCUUCAACCUAAGCACCUGCGCGGGGUCCAACUCGGCGCGCAUCUGUUCCGACCACGGGACAUGCAGCAACGAGGUGAAGUGCAUCUGCGACAGAGACUACACCGGCAAGGACUGCAGUGUGUUUGACCCCAUUCCUGAGCCCACCAUCCCAACUGGCCCUGAGAAAAAAGAAACAUUCGGAGAGGAAGAUCUGGUGGAGGAUAAAAUGUUCAUCUCGUCUUCAUGCCCCGCCCACUCCCCUCCUCUUCCUCUUCCCCGCUCGGCGUCCCUUCCCACCCUGGAGAAGAAGGAAACAACAACAAAGUCUUCCAGUCCUGUUCCCAUCUCUCCAGUCCCUCAUCAUCACUAUCGGAGUCUUCCUCCCAGCACGGUGGCUCCGAUCCUCCUCUUCCUUGUCAUCGCCAUGGAGACGGAGGGUGAAGACGUCCGCACUGCCUGCUUGGACCUGCUGGGUCUUCUUCUGCCCUUCAGCUGGAUCUUACAGUCCAAGAACUUGGACUUGGACCUGCAGGCUCGGAAUGACGGUGAUGUUUUCCAAAGAGAAGCAACCACCAAGUAAGACAAGAACUCUUCUCUCUGUCCUCUUUUUAGCCAACUGCCAACUCGCCGACUUUAUGUCGAAGACUAGUUUCAGGUACCCUGAAGGAUGCUGGGAGUUUUUUGGGGGGUUUUGGGUUCAUUGGACUGCUGGAUGGGACCAGGAGCUGUACAUUCCACUGACUCUGCCUGUGCUCACUUCCUGGUUUCUCUUUGGCGUGCUUGUUUGUUAGUCUUUUUUAAAGAGAAGAAGAAUGUGUGCUCGUCACCACGGAGCUCUUUUAAACGUCUGUUUUUUCAGCCACAGGAAGAAGAACCAUUUUUAAGGUGGACUUAAUUGUCCAACUAGCAAUUAGCUGCCAUGGUCAAGUCUGAGGGGACGAGAAGCUCCGCAUGAGGACCACGUUGUCACACCAACUAGUAGGAUUUUGCACCAAAACCAUUUUGCAUCAAAAAUGAGCCCACAGUGGAACCUCUUAAGUCCUCACACUGUGCUGACCCUGUAAUUUGUCAUAUUUACAAACCACAUUUUAACAUAAAUGAAAAUAAUCUUCUCCAGGGUUGCCAUCAUGAAAGGUUUGUCGGAUAUUCAUGUUUUAACCUACCAUUUUUACAAGUGUAAAAAGAAGUUAAGCAACAGUCUUAACUAACGCAAUCCUGUUUUUAAAUCAUUGACUGUCUUACAUGUGUAAAAAGAAGUUAUCUAAUAUCGUUUGAACUCACACAACUAAUUUUUAACGUUCUUAACUCUUACAAGUGUAAAAAGAAGUUCAGACGCUCUUUAAAAAUUAAAGAUUUACUAAUUCACAAUUUUUUAAACAUUCUUAUACAAGUGUGAAAAUAUAAAAACAAGUAGCGUCUCAACUCACACAAUUCUUUUUUUUUUUAAAUAGUAUUAACACUUAAAAGUGUAAAAAGAAGUUAACAUCACAGCGUCAACUCGCACAACUCAUUAAAAAAAAAACUUUUUAACACUUAAAAGGGUAAAAAAAACGUUAACCAUCAUAGUGUCAAAAACAAACCUUUUACUCUUAAAAGUGCAAAAAGAAGUUAACAUAGUGUCAACUCGCACAACUCAUUAAAAAAACAAAACUUUUUAACACUUAAAAGGGUUAAAAAAAAACGUUAACCAUCAUAGUGUCAAAAACAAACCAGUUUUAACUAACCCAACUCCUUUUUUUCAAAACACUCUUUACUACCUGACAAGUGUAAAAAGAAGUCAAACAGCAGUCUCAAAUCACACAGCUUAUUUUUUUUUUUAUGUUUUAACUCUUGCAAAUGAAAAAAAUAAGUUAACAGUCUAAAGUCACGCAACACAUUUAAAAAAAAUACUCUUGACUGUCUUACAAGUGUUAAAAAAAAAAAGUUAAACACAGUUUCAAUUGAUUGAUUGAUUGAGACUUUUAUUAGUAGGUUGCACAGUGAAGUAUAUAUUCCGUACAAUUGACCACUAAAUGGUAACACCCGAAUAAGUUUUUCAACUUGUUUAAGUCAGGGUCCAUGUAAAUUGAUUCAUGAUACAGAUAUAUACUAUCAACUCACACAAUGCACUAUUUUAAACACUUAACUCUUGCAGGUGUAAAAAUAAGUUGAACACUGUUUCAACUCACAAUGCAUUAUUUGAAACAUGUUUUACUCUGACCAUGAAUUGAUUAACGUGGACCCCGACUUAAACAAGUUGAAAAACUUAUUCGGGUGUUACCAUUUAGUGGUCAAUUGUACGGAAUAUGUACUGUACAAUUGUACAAGUAAUAAAAUAAGUUAACAGUCUAAAGUCACACAACUAAUUUUUUUUAAAUACUCUGACUGUCUUACAAGUGUAAAAAGAAGUUAAACAUCACCAUUUCAACUCACAAUGCAUUAUUUGAAACACUUAACUCUUACAGGUGUAACAAUAAUUUCAACAUCAUAGUUUCAACUCACGGUUCAUUAUUUCAAACAUUUCUAACUCUUAAAAGUGUAAAAAGAAGUUAAAUGACAGUCUUUGUGUAUCCUUUUUUAAACACUCUUGAAUGUCCUAAAAGUGUGAAAAGAAGUAAAACAACAGUCUUAACUCACACAACUCAUUAAAAAAGUUUAACUCUUACAAGUGUAAAAAGAAGUUAACUGUCAGUCUAAAGUCAUGCAACUCAUUUAAAAAAAAUACUUUUGACUGUCUUACAAGUUUAAAAAGUUAAAUAUCAGCAUCAACUCACACAAUUGGUUAUUUUAAACAUUUAACUCUUACAAGUGUAAAAAGAAGUUCACUGACAAUCUUUGUGUAUCCUUUUAAAACACUCUUGAAUGUCCAAAAAGUGUAAAAAGAAGUAAAACAACAGUCUUAACUCACACAACUCAUUUAAAAAGUUUAACUCUUACAAGUGUAAAAAGAAGUAAAACAACCGUCUUAACUCACACAACUCAUUAAAAAAGUUGAACUCUUACAAGUGUAAAAAGAUGUUAACUAACAGUCUAAAGUCACGCAAGUCAUUUUUAAACCACUUGACUGCCUUACAAGUGUAAAAAGAAGUUAACUCAAGUGAUGAGUGCCGCAACUCUUUAACCUUAAAAAGUGUAAAAAAAAAAAAAGUUAAACAACGGUCUCCAUUCACGCUACUCUUUUUAAAUACAUUUUUAACUUUUACAAGUGAAAAAAGAAGUUAACUUACAGUCUGAAGUCACACAACUCAUUUUUGAAACUACUCGACUGGCUUCAAGUGUAAAAAGAAGUUAACUAGCCGCUUUAGUGAUGAGUUUUUGAAGGACUUUAGAGGUUCUACUGUGACGUGGACAAAAUGAUGAACUUUUCAUGGGAAAUAUUCUCUUUUCAACUUUUGUGAAGGGUUUUGCACAUUUCAUGAAAUAUUAUACGGUAAAUAGGAUUUCCUACUAACGCCAUGAUGCUAUGCUAACGUGUCCCUGAGAGAAAAUGGGCGCUCGCCACUUUUUGUUUUCCAACGUUUUUGUAAAUAUGUGCAAGCUCUGCCGAAUGUUUCAAAUGCACCGUGUGAAGAGGAGAGGGGAAAAAAAGGUGAAAACGCUGAUUUAGAGUUUUAUCAGCAAAGCUAGAAUGUUCUUGUUUUUGUUUUCCUUUUUUGCCAUCCAGGUGUGUGUUGGCUCACUGCCAUUUUUGCGUGCAUGAAGAGACUCUCGCUGAUUGCAGCUUUGCACCGUGGCACACUUACGGUACCACUACAGACACUGAAGAUACUAGCAAUCAUCAUUUCAAGACAUAUUUUUAGACACUUUUUUGAAUUUAGACAAAAUGAAACAAAAAAAAAUGAAGCCUUGCGGGCGAAUGAAUGCGAGAGAUGAGGAAAUAAAAUAUGAAAAAUAUUUUCUUGCUUUUUCCUUUUAUGGAAUCUUUACAAUGUCUCAUUUACAUUUUAUUGCCCCCCAAUUCGGAACAAAAUGUUUCAGACCACAAUGUUAAAUAAUUAAUUUCAAUCAAAAGGACAUUAAUUCAAAAUUAGAAUAAGGAUUAUUUUCCACACUGAUCUGAAAGAGUUGUUACUAAUAUGGUGACACCUCAUUUAGAUAAUGUUGGAAACACUACAAUCAUUAAAAAAAAAAGUAAAUUAUUUUAUAUAUUUAUAUUUAGUUAAAUAGAAUAUAUCAACAUUAAAUAAGUUAUAUAUUAAAUUUGAUUGCCUUUCAUUUUUAACAGUAUUUAAAUGAUCCAUAUGUAAUGCCAUAAUUGACUCCUAAUCAUUACAAUAUAAUUAUAUUAAAUGAAAAAAAUAUAUUUAAUAAAUUAUUUAUUACAAUAUUUAAAUGAUCCUAAUAAUUACAAUACAUUUGAUAGUAUACUGUAACUAUUAUUAAAUAAGAUUAACAUUAAACUAAUAUAAUUGUAUUAAAUGAAAUAAAUAUUUAAAAUGACUUAGAUUGUCCAACCUUUUUUUUUUUUUUACAAUAUUUAAUUGAUCUAUAAUAAUUACAAUAGAUUUAAUAAAAUAAGUGUAUUCAACAAAUACAUUUGAGUCAACUCAUAUCUAACUUUUUUUUAACAAUAUUUCAAUUAUUAUACAAAUUAUAUCAUUAUUAGUUAAUCAAAUUAACAUCUAACAUUUUAUAAUGUGUAAAUGAUCCAUCUGUUGUGGUAUAAUUGACCCUUACUAAUUACAAAAAUUAAAAAAUUAUAUUAAAUGAAAUAAAUUGUAUAUUAAAUUAAUUCCAUAAGUUAAUGUUUAACCUUUUUUAUAAUAUUCAAAUCCAUAAUUGCAAUAUUAAUACUAUGAUUAUAUUAUUUUGAUUAAAUUAACAUUUAACCAUUUUUUUUGCAAUAUUUGAAUGAUUGUUUUAUAACCAUAUUAAACUAAACAAAUAAAUUAUAUAAUUACAGUAGAUUAGAUUAACAUCCAACCUGUUUAAAUAGUAUUUAAAUUAUCCAUAAUUACAAUACAUGUGAUAUUAAAACUGUAUAAAUGUAAUUAAAUAAAAGAUACACUCAUAUUGAAUCAAAAAAAUAAUAUACAGUAAUUAUUUUAUAUAACCAGCUAACCUUUUUAUAAUAUUUGAAUGAGCUAUCAGUGUUGCAAUUGCCGCUUAUGAUCAUGUUUAUUCAUUAACAGAGACAAAGGCAGAAAAAUACAAGGGAGACAAAAUAAGGUCUAUUUUUUUCAAUAAUAAAUUAUUCAGAAAGAAUAUGAACAAUACAACUGAUGUACAGUACAAAAAGACAACAUAUCAUAUAAUAAAUUGACAUUUCAGUGGAAAAAAAUAAAUGUGAUCUUCCAUUUUCUUGCUUCUUUUAACGUAAAAAGCAAGGCUGCAGAUAAGUUUUUAAAGGCUAAAGUAGAAAAAUAUUUUAAAGGCUAAAGAAGAAAACGUAGAAAAAAGUUUUUAAAGGGAAAAGUAGAAAAAGCUUUUAAAGGCUGAAGUAAAAGUAGAAUAAAAUGUUUAAAUGCUAAAGAAGAAAAAGUAGAAACGUUUUAAACACUAAAGAAUAAAAAGUAGGAAUAAAAGUUUCCAGGAUAAAGAAGAAAAAUAGAAAAAUGUUUGACUAAAGAAGAUCAAGUAGAAAUAACAGUUGAAAGGCUAAAGAAGACAAAGUAGUAACAUAAAACCUUUUUAAAGGCAAUAAAGAAAUAAGUUUAAAGUCUAAAGAUGAAAAAGUAGAAAUAAGUUUAAAAACUAAAGAAGAAAAAGUAGAAAUAAAAGUUUAAAGGCUAAAGAAGGAAAAGUAGAAAUAGAGGUUAAGGCCAAAGAUGAAAAGUAGAAAUAAAAGUUUAAAGGCCAAAGAUGAAAAGUAGAAAUUAAAGUCUAAAGAAGAAAAAGUAGAAAUAAAAGUUUAAAGGCCAAAGAUGAAAAAGUAGAAAUUAAAGUCUAAAGAAGAAAUAAAAGUUUAAAGUCUAAAGAACAUGUAGAAAAAGCUUUUAAAGGCUAAAGAAGUAAUAGUAGAAAUAAAUUAAUUUUUUUAAAUGCUAAAGCAGAAAAAGGUUUUUAAACACUAAAUAGAAAAAGUAGAAAUAAAGGUUUAAAGGCUAAAUAAGAAAAUGUAGAAAUAGAAGUUUAAAGGCAAAGAAGAAAAAGUAGAAAUAAAA